AUGCAUUCCCUUGUGAUCGGAUUUACUUGCAUUCUUCUACCAAUUCUGGGUGGAACUGCUCAGUUUAUUGACAUGGCCUGUGGCAUUCGUGCGCCAAGCAUCGUUGCCACAAGGAUUAUGAAUGGCUCGGUUGCUGGACUGACAUCAAGUCCCUGGAUGGCUUUCCUUCACUCAACCGAUGACCGAUUCAUUUGCGGAGGAAGUCUGAUCACAAAUCGCCUAGUACUAACUGCAGCCCAUUGCUUUCUUCCAAAUACCCACCUAGUAGCUCGUCUGGGAGAGUACGACAGGUAUGAGCACGAAACGUGUUAUGGUAGUUACUGCACCUUUCGAAUAGAGGCCAAAGUGGAAAGGGGCUUCCGGCACCGACAGUACAAUCCCCGCACAAUGGCCAACGAUAUUGCCAUUCUCCGGCUGAUUAGGAGAAUCGAGUAUACAGACAACAUCAGACCCAUCUGCAUUGUGUGGGACACUAGGUGGAGGAACUACAUCAACUCCAGAGAUCCGCUGACUGGCACUGGAUGGGGCAAGACAGAAAAUGAUUCUGAUAGUGCCAAACUUAUGACCGUGGACUUGUCUCGUCAAGAUCCUGAAAUUUGCAAUCGACUUAUCUAUCGAACUCUCAGCAGCACUCAUUUUUGUGCCGGAAAUUGGGACAGUAACCUGUGCAAUGGUGACUCAGGUGGUCCAGUUGGUGCAUUGGUGCCGUACCAAAACUCUCAACGUUUCGUACAAAUUGGAAUCGCUAGCUUCACCAAUGCCAGAUGCAGCAAAGCAAGUGCUUUCACGGAUGUUCUAAGCUACGUUGAUUGGAUUCUGGCAGUCCAGAGAUAUCAGGGUUAGGUUUUAGCUUCUCAAGAGU